UACCUAGAGUUGCUUCCCCUGUGUCAUUCCUUUGAGGUACGACCUAGUUUUACUCUCCAUCAAAUAAUUAUAGAUAUGUCGGACGACGACGUCGUGAAGCACGCGGGCGGGUGUCAUUGUGGAGCCGUCAGGUUUGAAGUCAUGGCACCAAGGAAAGUCCAUGUAUACGACUGCAACUGCUCCAUAUGUGCUAAGAAGCAGAAUAAGCAUUUCAUUGUGCCGGAGUCGAAAUUCAAACUCCUGCAGGGCAUGGACAGUAUAACAACGUACACAUUCAACACACACCAAGCCAAACACAUGUUCUGUAGAGUAUGUGGAGUCCAGAGCUUCUACAAACCAAGAUCCAAUCCGGACGGAUAUGGCGUAUGUCCACACUGCAUUGAUGGCGGAACAAUAGAGAGCAUGGUCGUGGAGACGUUUGACGGUCAAAACUGGGAAUCGCACAUCGGAACCACUGACAUCCAUAAAUGGUCUGAUGAGUCUAACGCACCGAAACAGUAGAAAAAUAAAUUAAGAUAAUGCAAUAAAGACGUUUGAAAUAUGUCAAGUUUUCAUGUCGUAUUUAUACUAUUUAGUAUAGAACUGUUCAUCUUAAUUAAUGUUUGUUCAGGUGUAGAUCAAAUUACUUCUACGUGAUCACAGACGAUUAUUGGCUACUGUCCCUAGCUAGACAGUUUCAAUUGGAAGGAAUUACAGAAUUCAGCGAAUGUUCCCUAACGAAGAAUUAUUUCCUAAACUCCAAUGGUGAUUCCCUGUGGAAAACGUUCAGUGAUGUCUUUAAUUUAAGGAACUGGGCCCGGGUAUGUCGAACAUUUAUACAAAAAUGGUCAAAGUAGGCAAAAAUAUCGAAAAUAUCCAGGAUUGUUUCUUAUGUAACCUAAGUAGAACGUGUGGACAUUUGGACAUGAUUGGAAUUAUAUGUUUGUGUUCCAAUUGUUGACACUUUUCGGUCCACUACUAGUGUGGUGUAGUGCUCAUUAAAAGGUAGCGCGUUGGGGAUACAAUCCAAACAGAUCACUUCAUACUGUUCGAAUACCAAUGGUCUAUCUUAUCAACAACUGUGAAGAUUCGGUAAGAGGUUCUAAGUUCACAAAACGAGUUGAGAGUAAGUAUGUAAAGUUUCAGGAGAAUUGGAACAUUCAUGAAGUUGGAAGUCUGCAAGAACGUCGGAAAAUCAAUUUAUAGUGCAAGAGAAGAUAGUUGUCAGUGUAUGAAAUUUCAGGAAAAUUGGAUCAUUAAUGAAGUCGGUAAGAACGAGGACAUCGAGAAUUUAAAGUAACAACGACCUCAUUUUUUAUCCAUGUGAUUGAAACGCGAAUUCCUUCAUGAGAUGAGAAUAAGUAUAUAAUUUUUCAGGAAAAUUGGAUAACUAAUGAAGUCUGUACAGCAAGAACGCCGAAAAUCUAUUCAUAGUUACAGUGACCUCAUUUUAGAACUCAUGUGGUUGAAACGAGAACUCGUACAAGAGACGAUGGUUGUUAAUAAGUGUAUGAACUUUCAGGAAAAUUAGAUCAUUAAUAAAGUCGGUAGAGCGUCCUUGCGAACCUAUCCCUGCCUAACAUCCGGGACUCGACACGAUGGGAUGAACAAAAUAAUGAAAUGUAUAUUUCUACCAAAUGAAGCGCAAUCUAGAUUUUUUUUAUUCCACAAGCUUUACCUUUCAAAGCACCAAAGACUCAAAAAGAACAGACACGGAUCUAGUGUAUUUCAUUUUUUAUUCAAUUUACAUUUAUUAUAGCUAUACCCAUUUUUACAUAAUAUUUACACUGCAUAACACCUUAUACUCAUGUACAAAUUAUAUAUAUCUUUUAUUUAAAACAAAUCUCUCCAGAUUGAUAAAUCUCUCCGACCCUUACACAUCACUUCUAUACGUGUUUUGAGAUACAAACAUAUUCUUGUAUUAGUAUACAACGCUAACACUUUAACAGAUAAGUUACUAUCGCACGCAGAUUCAAUUCGUUCCGCACUCAUUCAAUUUUCUACACAACCCGAUCUCUACCUACAAAAUAUUGUGUGUAAUUAACUUAUCCUACCGCAAUCCGAAAUGAUAAAUAAAAACUUAUCUUUUGUAAAAAAA